AUGGUUAAAGCUGUUGUACUUGGUGCGGCUGGUGGUAUUGGGCAACCCCUUUCGCUGCUUCUUAAAUUAAACCACGAUAUUACAGAACUUGCUCUUUAUGAUAUUGUUAAUUCACAAGGUGUUGCUGCAGACUUGGCUCAUAUUGAUACACCUGCCAAAGUCACUGGCUAUUUACCUCCAAAUAAUGGUUUACAAUCAGCUUUGACAGGUGCUCACUUGAUUUUAAUUCCUGCUGGUGUUCCCCGUAAACCCGGUAUGACGAGGGAUGACUUAUUUAAGAUCAACGCAGGAAUUGUUAAAGAUUUGGCAGCUAGCAUCGCUCAAAAUGCACCCAAAGCCUUCGUUCUUAUUAUUUCAAAUCCCGUAAAUUCCACAGUUCCUAUUUUUGCAGAGGUUUUAAAGAAAUAUAAAGUAUUUGAUCCAAAAAGAUUAAUGGGAGUAACUACACUUGAUCUUGUUCGCGCAUCUACUUUCGCAAGUGAAGUUUUGGGGGCUGAUCCUCGAGAAGUCCGUGUUCCAGUUAUUGGUGGUCACAGUGGUGUGACUAUUAUUCCACUUUUGUCUCAAGCCAAACCAAGUUGUACCUUUACUCAAGACCAAAUUGAAACUCUAACAAAUCGAAUCCAAUUUGGUGGUGAUGAAGUUGUUAAGGCUAAAGAUGGUUCAGGAUCAGCAACGCUUUCGAUGGCUCACGCAGGUGCUAGAUUUGCUUCACGUAUUUUAGAUGCUACCAUCAAAAAAGCACCUGGAAUCACUGAAUGUUGUUAUAUUAAUCUUGAUGCUGAUGAAAAAUGUGGUAUUCAAAUUAAAAAUACUACCGAGAACUUAGAAUACUUUUCUGUCAGCGUUGAAUUAGGCCCUGAAGGAAUAUCCAAGAUUUAUCCUAUUGAAAAUCUCUCUAGAUAUGAGGAAAAAUUAUUGAAAGAUGCAAUUCCAGAACUCAGAGGAAAUAUCACUAAAGGAAUUACAUUCAUUAGUGAAGAUUCUAAAUUCACACAAUAUAAACAUAUUCAUGAAAACGAGAAAACCAAAAGUCAAGACGACUUAGUUGUUAGCCUCGGUGUUAAUGAUUUAUUACAAAAUGAUAUUAUUAAGGUAAUAGCCAUAAUUUUAUUUUUUGUUGGUAAUAUUUUUGUAUUAUCUUCAAUGUAUGCAUUAGGUAUUACAGGAACUUAUCUUGGCGAUUAUUUUGGUAUUUUGAUGGAUGAACGCGUAAUUUGUUUUCCAUUUAAUGUACUCGAAAAUCCUAUGUAUCAUGGUUCUUCAAUGGUAUUUUUAGCUACUUCUUUAUGGUAUUCUAGUCCUGCAGGAAUUAUUUUGACAAUCUGGGUUUUCAUACUUUACUCGAUUGCUCUUCAAUUAGAAGGGCCUUUCACAGCAAUGAUAUACGAUAAACAACAAGAGAGUGGAUCCCAGAUAGCGGAAUUAUUAACCAUAAGAGCGCCCUUUAUUCAAUCUUUAGCUAGUAAUUGUGACAAGAUCUCGAUUCGAAAAUUAGAAAUUGAUGCUAAAAGAACUUUAGAACAACCUUGGAAUGAGUUUGUGGUCCUUUACGUUAAAGUCAUUAUAUCAAUGACAUUUCAAAAUAUUUUGACUUUAUCACGGUGGUCUUUACCUAUUCUAUAUGUUCUUGAUUAUGAUUUAAGAUUACUUGCGAUUAAGUCUGAUUUAAUCUUCAUGAUGACAGAAAAACCACCAAAAAAUUUGGAAAUAGCAGCUCGAGCAAUAAAUAAAUCAUUUUCUAUUUGUUCACUUGGUGUAUCACGUAAAUGGGGAACAUAUUAUUUUGCAGGGCUUUUAUUUAAAACUUAUUUUAAGUUAAAACAACAAAAUCUCUGCAAGAACGUUAUGAGAUCUAUUAAAGCUGCAUCAGUAGAUUUACCACCAUUUGAGAGAUUUCCUAAAGCACAUCAAGUAACAUAUCUUUAUUAUCAUGGAUUACUUCUCUUUCUAGAUGCGGAAUACAAUCUAGCUGAGGAAAAGUUAGUAGCCGCAUUUAGAAUGUGCCCAAAGAGUAAUAAGAAAAAUAAAGAGUUGAUUUGGAUAAUUAGAGGAAUUUUACCAUCAACAGAAAUACUUUCACGUUAUUCCCGAUUAAAUAAAUUAUAUAAACCAUUUAUUGAUUCAAUUCGAGAAGGAAAUGUAAAGAAUUUUGAUGAUGCAUUGGUCAUGAAUGAAAUUAAAUUGGUAUCUCAGAAUACUUUUUUGACGGUUGAAUUGGCAAGGGAAAUAGCAAUGAAAGUCUUAUUUAAAAAAGUCAUUAAAUUACGUUGGUAG